AUGGUCACCAACGAGGAUGAGGUCAAUUCCGUUGAAGCCUCCACGUCUACAUUCAACGAGCAAUCCAUGUCCGUCGAAGUCUUCAUGCGAAAAGCACAUCAGCUUGCCGACCUAGCUCGCAAAGCGCAAGUUCUUGCGGAAUCCUUGACGGCCGCAAUGCCAGAAGCUCUUCACACAGGCGAAACCUAUUCCCAGACUUCUCUUUCAAGUGCGCUCAAGUCCGUCCAGUCUGCUGUUCCUGCGGUCAAUGCCAUUCUACGACAAAGCCACAAGUAUUGCCAAUUCGAUAGAUUCACGUUAUUCCCAAAAUUGCCGCCUGAGUUGCGUCUGAAAAUCUGGAAAGAAGCUAUGCCAGACUCUCGUGUUGUACCUUUAUGGCCAAAGAAUGACCUGCGGACCGACUUGUCUGAACUCGCAAAAGGCGGCGAAUCCCAGGUGCCUAAAAUGCUUGUACACUGUCCACCACCGGUGAUCCUCCAGGUUUGCCGAGAGUCGAGAAUUGAGGCACUGAAGACCUUCAGCUGGAGACCCGAUACCACGAGUUUCAUCUCCUACCACCGAGCCGAUCCUGCAAAAGAUAUUCUCUAUUUCGUAGUUGCGCCCGACUUUCGCGAAUUCGGAGACUUCGUACAUCUCUUCACACCAGGCGCCUUGGGGAAAAUCAAACAUCUUGCCUUCGACUCCCAUUUUGGAUUAAAACACAAACUGCCCGAAGUUGUCAUCAAGUUUUUUCCCAACUUAGAGACAAUAACAAUUGUGAUGAAAUGUCCCGAUCACUCUAGACCCGAUCAUCCUUUUCCUGAAGAAAUACCCGAACCACGCUCUCUUCCGACAGAUGUCUCUCUAUUCUGUUGGGACGGUCCGGAGAGUAUCACAGAAUUUGGAAAAUCUGCAAAGAUGGAGUCAUACUACUCCAACAACGGCGGCUAUCCUCAAAUUGGGUCGAUGAGGAAGGCAUACAAGCAACAUAUCAUCAUGAAAGAGAAAGAGGGAGUUUACUUCGAUCCGCCGAUUCUGAAAUUCUGCCCCGUCAUCUCUGGAUAUGAAUGUGAGCAGUGUACAAAAGCUGACGAAUUGUACGGUUCCCAUUACGAUUACGAUUCUGAGGAUUUUUGA